CAGACGCGGCUGUAAAAUAAAGGGCAGCACCAGGACCCGGAGCAGAACCGCGAUGAGCCUGGAGUUCUUGUUCCAGCAGAUCCUCUCCUCCGAGCACCGCGCGCAGGAGGGCCGCCGCCUGAUGCGGGAAGUCCGCUCAGAGAUCAGCAGAUGCCGAGACAACCUGAGGAAAGCGGCCGAGGAGCUGAACGAAGAGAAGAUCAAGUUGGAAUCUAAGGUUCAGCAGUUUUGUGAAAAAUCCUCCCUCUUACAGCUUUUGAAAACUCAUGAAAAUGCCUUAGAAAGACAGUGCAGUGAAAUUAUAAACCAAAGGAGUAUGCUUCUCCAAACCUUUGAGGCUACUAAGAAAAAAAUUAUAGAAGAGGAGGAAAAAUUUAUUAAGGGAAUUACGGACUUCAAUAAUGAAUAUGAAAUAACAAAGAAAAGAGAGCUUUUGAUGAAAGAAAAUGUCAAGAUUGAAAUAGCUGACUUAGAAAACCAGGCAAACAUUUUGAAAAAGGAAAUGCAGUCGAUGGAACAUGACAGUGGCCAGUUAAAGGAACUUCAGAAACAAAAGAGUGAAUUAAUGCAGGAACUGUUUACUCUGCAGAGAAACCUUAAAGUUUUUGAAGAGAAAAAGAAUGAAGCCAUUUGUACUACCAAAUGCCUAGAGGCAGAAAAAAUAAAAACCAGUGAAAAGCCUCAAAAUGAUGCUGAAUGCUUAAGACUUAAAAAGGAAUUAGAACUUUAUAAGAAAGAGGACAUGCAAAGUGUUUAUGAAGCUCUCCAAACAGAAAUAGAAUUUUUGGAGUUGACAUUGGCACAGAAAGAUCUUCAGGAAAAUAAAUAACGUGUGGAGAAUUGAUGAGCUACCUGAGAUUUGAUCAAAGCAUCUUAGAAGCAAAUGUUUGUGAUAGAUAAUGAAUGAUAACCCAUUACCGUAGAUUCUUGUGAAAAAUGUGAGGUUCAGAAUGUCCAAAGUUGUUGAUGUCUAAAAUUGGUUCAGACCAAUAUAUAUUUCUGGUCUUAUUACUUGCUGGAACUUUAAGGGUUCUCAUGUGGUUUGAUUUUGUUUGUAAAGGAAGAAAAAGGAGCAGCAGUGUGUGCUCAGGUUUCUGAGAUCCGCUGACCCUUAAAGCUAAUCUGUACUUUCUGCUGCUGUCUGUUCUCUGUUGCAGCUUGCCCUGGGUCAAGUCAAACACACGUAGGAAAAAGCACCCGGGUUAUUGACCCAAUUUAGUCAGUGUCAUUUCCACCUACAAGGUGCUCACUUUCAUUUCAAUCUUUCUCCACUCACACUAUGUACUUGACAGAGGUGCUCUGAGGUCUUCCAUCUGCAAAAGCCCAUUUUCUCCACGUUUCUCUGGACGUGUCUGAGUUAAGUCUAGGGCACUUGCAGCCCAUCUCCAGCACUUUGGGCCUGCCAGUUUUCUUCCUAAUGCCAGUUUGGGUUAGAAUGAUAUAAGCCAUCCACUUGGGGUGGUACAUAAUCUUACCACCCUCAGGAUUCAUUUUCGCUGGUGGCAACUCAACAGUGUACUUACAUUUGAAUCAAACAAACUUGGUAUUGCCACUAUAUUUCUCACAUCACAUAUAUUUCUGCUGUUAACAAUCCUGACUAGGAAGAAAGGUAUAUUUUCAGUAGUUUCAAAAACAGUGUAUUGAAACUGUUCAAUAAGGCCCUAGAUUGCAAUAGGUGGGGAAAUAAACAGAAUAAAACCUGUUAGGGGUAUAUUUCAGAGUACUGAGUGCAAAUAUGAGAAUCAUGUUUUGUUUUAUCUUUGUAAUUGAAUUAGUUUAAUAUCAAAUGUGAGAUGUUUACAAAUGUCUUAUAUUUGCUCAUAUUAAAAUAUAAGUUUCAUGGCAAGUCUUACUUUGGCGUAGCUUUUUUGUAUAUGUUGAUUUACACCCUUAUUUGUUAAAAAUUAGCAAAGCUAAAAGUCUCCUUUGAAAUGUGUCCCAAUUGCCAUCUGUUUACAUAAUUUUCAUUUUCAGAAGUGAUUUCUAUUUUGAUUUUUCAAUAUUUAAUAAUAAAUUAUUUUUGCUUAAGAAGAAAAAAAUGAAAGGUACCAGGGAAUUGCAGUUCACUUUAUAUGCAAAUAUAGAGUGGGAAAUAGUUAUUGGGAUUAGCUCUGACUUCAGCUCUGUCUCAUUUUAAUCCAUUUAUUUACAUACAUUCUAAGUUCUAAGACCUGUGAAUAUUUAUUAUUAAAUAUGUAUAUUAACAUGUAGAUUGAGUUUAUACAUAAAGUCUUUUUCACUUACCAGUACUUUUUGUUUGUUUUGGUUUUAUAACUAAAAUAUUAUUGUGAACUAAAGAUCUGCCACUUAUUUGCAUAACUAACAAACACACA